GGUUGUCUUGCUAAGGCUAAGAGGAAGCACAGAGGUAUGUACAGGGUGUCCGCUUCAGUUUCAGGUGUCAGCUCUCUGCACGCCUCCUAUUGGAUCUACCGGGGCUUAAUCGGAGCCGUAUGUUCAGGCUGAACCGGUUUGUGCCAGAGGGGGGCUCUUUGCUCUCCUGAAUCUUUUGCUCCUCUUUCAAGCCCAGUCCGCAAUAAGACACCCGACGGGGCUUCGCUGGCGAUGACAGGGGAGAAGAUCCGCUCUCUCCACAAGGACCAGAAGCCCAGCAAGGAUGAGGAUCUGCUGGAGCCCGACGAAGAAGCUACGGCCGGCGGGACCUUCACCCGGACGGGCAAAUUGAAAAGCAGUAAGAUGUUUAGUAAUCACAAAGUGAUCCGGUCCCCGUCCAACCCAGCUCUGCUUCAGAACCACCACCACCAGCAAAUCAGCCCCAUCACUCCCGGGGAGAGCAAGUCGGACGUGUACUUUCCGGUGCACGAGUGCGUCUUAAAGGGGGACAUCCGCAGGCUCUCCUCCCUCAUCAGAAGCCACAGCAUCGGACAGAAGGACAGCCACGGUAAUACACCGUUACACCUUGCUGUGAUGUUGGGCAACAAAGAAUGUGCCCACCUUCUUCUGGCUCACAAUGCUCCAGUAAAAGUAAAAAAUGCUCAGGGUUGGAGCCCUCUGGCAGAGGCCAUCAGCUACGGAGACAGACAGAUGAUUACAGCAUUACUACGAAAGCUUAAGCAGCAGUCCAGGGAAAGUGUUGAAGAAAAGAGACCUCGUCUUUUAAAGGCCCUAAAGGAGUUAGGAGACUUUUAUUUAGAACUCCACUGGGAUUUUCAAAGUUGGGUGCCUUUACUCUCCCGAAUCCUGCCUUCUGAUGCAUGCAAGAUCUAUAAACAAGGUAUAAAUAUCAGGCUUGACACUACUCUUAUAGACUUCACAGACAUGAAGUGCCAACGAGGGGAUCUAAGCUUCAUUUUUAAUGGAGAUGCUGCACCCUCAGAAUCAUUUGUAGUUUUAGACAAUGAACAAAAAGUUUACCAGCGAAUACACCAUGAGGAAUCCGAAAUGGAAACUGAAGAGGAGGUGGACAUUUUAAUGAGCAGUGAUAUUUAUUCAGCCACCUUGUCUACAAAGUCCAUUACUUUUACACGUGCGCAGACAGGAUGGCUUUUCAGAGAGGAUAAAACGGAGCGAGUAGGAAAUUUCCUAGCAGAUUUUUAUUUAGUUAAUGGGCUCAUUUUGGAAUCCCGGAAAAGGAGAGAACAUCUCACUGAAGAGGACAUUCUCAGAAAUAAAGCCAUCAUGGAAAGUUUGAGUAAAGGAGGAAACUUGAUGGAACAAAACUUUGAGCCUGUGCGGAGACAGUCACUGACCCCACCACCGCCUAACACAAUCACCUGGGAAGAAUAUAUUUCUGCUGAAAAUGGAAAAGCUCCUCAUCUUGGCAGAGAACUUGUCUGCAAAGAAAAUAAGAAAACAUUUAAAGCAACUAUUGCUAUGAGUCAGGAUUUUCCUCUGGGCAUUGAAUCACUCUUGAAUGUUUUAGAAGUCAUUGCACCUUUCAAGCACUUUAAUAAACUCCGAGAAUUUGUGCAGAUGAAGCUUCCUCCUGGGUUUCCUGUAAAGCUUGAUAUCCCCGUUUUUCCAACAAUCACAGCCACUGUAACGUUUCAAGAGUUUCGCUAUGGAGAAUUUGAAGACGCAAUUUUUACAAUACCCGAUGACUACAAGGAGGACCCGAGCCGUUUCCCCGAUUUAUAACUGCUUACAACCGUUCAAUGCAAUGAUUGAAAAUGAAUGUUUAAUUAGUGUAAAGGAAGGUUUGGCAUACUGGUGUAAGGUCCUGCAUUUCACUGUGGAAACGAUACAUCAGCCUCCCCACGGAUCCAAGGACUGGUCCAGCUUGUUCUUGGAUUCCUGUCCCCACAAUUGCUGCAAAACGGGCAUCACGGCAAAUCAGAGGAACUUCUGCUGAAGAUUGAUGCCCUUCCCUUUGUAAUGACACCCCCCCUAUAGUGCAUUCCUCCUUCAUAUAGACCACCAUGCAUCCACGGACCACUGGUUAGUGUCCAGCGUAGGGCUUUCUCAAGAAAUCAUUUUCUCAGAUUCCACCUCUUAUUUUAGGGUGAACUUUUAAAUCUCGUAAGAAUUUUUUUUUUAAAUUAUAAAUUAUACACUGUGUAACAUUUUGUAUAGAUCCUUGCUUGUUUGCAGAAAAUGUAUAAAAAUUAGAAAUAACCUUCUGUAGAUAAUGAACCAAAUACUGAAUUUCUAUAUUGUUGCCAACUCAACCUAUUGCAAUAGCUGUUCGAGAAAACGAUCCAGUUGUGCAGGGACACUAUGAAUUCAGAGAGCACUGCAGAAACAUGUCGUGCUGCUCCUUGAACUUUUUUUUUUUUUUUAUAAAGGAAAUUUUUAAUUUUAAGCAAAUCUUUCCGGUAUAUGUUUCAGUGUAAUGUUGCAGUUUGUUUGCUCUUUGUAAACUAAAUCUCCCAUACUUAAUAUAGAGUUCUAGCGCCGCCCCCCCCACGUCUGUUUUAAAUUGUGUGGGUCUUAUCCUAUUGACCACAGUGGGAGGUGCAUCGGCUGCUCCCGUGAGUAUAAAAUGGGGAUAUGUGUGGGCACAUUUUCAGGUGAAAAGGGAUGACUUAUAGCAUUUGCCAUUGCAGACUACUUGCAGUAAUCCACAGUGUUUUGAUCGCCAGUCUAACGGAGAUCAAUACAUCUAGGAUGCUUUGACCCUUUUUUUCUUAAUUUCUUGCCUAUGUUUUUUUGUUUUGUGCCUUCACCCAGAGGAAUAGAUUUUUUUUACUGCAUCCCAUACACAAAUCUGGAGGUAGUUUAUUUCUAAAAAAAAAAAAAAA